AUGCCUUACCCAAACACUGAUACAUCGUUCCAGCAGUUGAUGUGCAGUGGUUUGAACUCUCUAAUAUGUGAUGAGCUUAGAUACAACAGACGCAAAUUAGCAGGAGAACAUGCUGCUUACUUACAACAAUUAACUGAUGAACAGAGGGUAGUCUACAAGUCAAUAAUGGAAGCUAUGAAUAGUGGGAGAGAUGGAGUUUUUUUCCUGUAUGGAUACGGUAGUACUAGAAAGACUUUUGUUUGGAAGACACUUGCUUCUGCAGUUAGGUCCAAAGGACAAAUUGCUUUGGCAGUUGCAUCAAGUGGUAUCGCAUCGUUAUUACUACCAGGUGGAAGGACAGCACACUCCCGUUUUGCUAUCCCACUAAACUUGGAUGAGUUCUCCACGUGCAACAUCAAACAGGGUAGUACUUUGGCUGAGUUGAUAACAAAGGCUAAGAUUAUUAUAUGGGAUGAAGCUCCUAUGGUAAACAGACUCUGUAUUGAGGCACUUGAUAGAACAAUGCGUGACAUACUGAGGUUCAAGAAUACAAACAGUGAGAACCAACUGUUUGGCGGGAAGACGGUUGUCUUUGGAGGAGACAUUAGACAGAUUUUACCCGUCAUACCGAAAGGCAGCAGGCAAGAUAUUGUUAAUGCAACAAUUAAUUCAUCAUAA